AUGCUGAAACAGAUCCCAGGCGUCUGGACCCUCAUCUUCGGCGCCAUAAUCGGCGUCGAGAAAUUCACUGCGCGCAAACUCCUCGGCGUCAUCGCCUCCCUAAUAGGAAUCAUCCUCAUUUCGCGCGUCGACCUCUCCAAACCAGAUACCAACACCCCAUCCGUCGACGGCAGCGAGGGAUCCUUUCCGCACAAAACUCCCGCGGAGAUCGCCCUCGGCGACGCAAUGGCAGCGUUCAGCUCGAUCAUGUACGGCGUGUAUACGAUCGUGAUGAAGAAGCAAGUCGGCGACGAGUCGCGCGUGAACAUGCAGCUCUUCUUCGGACUAGUGGGCUUCUUCAAUCUCGUCCUCCUGUGGCCCGGGUUCGUUGUUCUGCACUGGACGGGCGUGGAGCCGUUUGCGCUGCCGAGCACGAAUCGGGUGUGGAUGAUUAUCAUCAUCAACUCGCUCUCCUCCUUCAUCUCCGACAUCGCCUGGGCCUACGCUAUGCUCCUGACCACCCCGCUCGUCGUCACCGUCGGUCUCAGUCUGACGAUCCCGCUCUCCCUGGUCGGCCAGAUUAUCCUGCAGGCCCAGUACGCUACGCCGCUGUACUGGGUCGGCGCUAGUAUUGUGUUCAUGUCCUUUCUCGUGGUCAACCGCGAGAGCCAGGGCGAGGACGUUGUCGUUCCUGUUGCUGCUCCAGGUGCAGGUGCCAGAGUGUCGUCGGGGGAGUAUGAAACAUUGCCGCAGUAUUCCCCGGGUGAAAUAGUGCGAUAA